AACAGACCUACUAAUAGUCUUCUUUCAUGUGUGGUAAAAGGGUCAUUGAGUACAGGCCUGGAACCAUAUAGAGAGAGAGAGAGAACAGAUCUAAAAUACUAUGCCGGUCUCCGGCUGUUACGUAUCAAAGUUAGGUUAGGUUUAAUAAGUGUAUGUCUAGACUUUAUGCAGAACAUAUUUUUUAAAGUUUCUGCAAAGGUUAAAGUUGAAUAUUAUAAAAAAAACAGGGAAGAAAAAAGAAAGUGUAAUAAUAUAACAUCUAAAGGAAAAUUUAUAAGAGAAAAAGAAGAUGACGAUAUGGUUAUGUCGUGCAGAUAAUGUUUACGUUUUGUCAAUAAAAAAAAAACGAACUAUACCUAUGAUUUAAAUCGACAAAAUCAUUUCUUCCCAAUUAUUACAGUUUCUCUUGUAAAAAAAAAUUGCAGCCUUUUUAAUAUUAAGUUAUUAAAUAUGCAACGAUUGAGCGACUGUUUAGCUAUUCGCACUAAUUUCUACUGGAGAUGUUACUGUACUGUGAAAUUGGACAAUAAUCAAAGAUUAGCAGAUUUUCCUGCAAUCUAUAAAGCAAAGGAUGCAGAACAAAAGUGGUACAAUAUAUGGCAACAAAACAAAUACUUCGCUUCUUCAAAGAGGAGAACUAGCAAUAAUAAUAAGGACUCUUUCAACAUGAUCUUGCCACCUCCUAACAUUACAGGAGUAUUACACUUAGGCCAUGCACUUACUGCCACUAUUCAGGAUGUUCUGGCCAGAUGGUAUAGAAUGAGGGGCUGCUCAGUGCUGUGGAUACCAGGUCUGGAUCACGCAGGUAUCGCCACGCAGAUCAUCGUGGAGAAGCAUCUACGUCACACGCGGGAUUUGUCGCGCCUCGACCUAAGCAGGGAAGAAUUCACGUCGCUGGUCUGGCAGUGGAAAGCGCAGAAGGCCGAGACCAUCCGCGAUCAGCUGAAAAUGCUGGGUGCCACUCUUGAUUGGGACAGAGAAUAUUUCACUAUCGACGAACAACACAGCGCGGCGGUGAAGGAAGCGUUCGUGCGGUUGCACGAGCGAGGUCUUUUGUACAGAGGCUGUGACUUCGUUAACUGGUCGCCCUCUCUGCGCAGCACCAUCAGCGACAUCGAGGUAGAAAACGUGGCUAUUCAAGGAAGCACCAAGCUUCACGUGCCCGGCUACAAAAGUAAAGUGAUGUUCGGUCGCAUGAUGAAGUUGGCCUUUCCCGUGGAAGAUUCUGAGGAGGAAUUGAUAGUGGCAACGACCAGGCCGGAAACCAUGUUCGGCGAUGUAGCUCUCGCCGUGCAUCCGGAUGACGAGAGAUACGCGAGAUACAUUGGCCGGUGUGUUAUGCAUCCCGUCAGAAAUGUUCCUAUCCCCGUCGUGGCCGAUUCCGUGGUCAAAAAGGAAUUCGGAACCGGCGUGUUAAAAAUCACGCCGGCGCACGAUCGCACAGACUACGAUAUCGCCAAGAGGCACAAUCUGCCUGUCAUUGGUGUCAUUAACGAGGACGGCAACAUGAUGGACAUUUGCAAAGGAUUCGAAGGAUUGCCGAGAUUCAAGACAAGAGAGAAGCUACUGCACGAAUUGUCUGUUCGAGGAGUACUACGAGGCGUGGACAAUAAUCACACUAUGAUGUUGCCGCGUUGCUCGCGCUCGCAGGAUAUCGUAGAACAAAUAUUGAAGGAACAGUGGUUCGUGAAAUGUGACGAAAUGGCUAAAAGCGCUAUUGAGGUGCUAGAAAACGGCUCGUUGAGAAUCGAUCCCAGCGUGCAUAAGCAACAUUGGCGAGACUGGCUUGAUAAUAUUAGGGACUGGUGCGUGUCGAGACAGUUGUGGUGGGGCCACUCUAUCCCGGCGUAUUCCGUAGUCCAUGACGGUUCAUGGAUAGUCGCACGGUCUGAAGAAGAGGCUUAUUCGAUAGCCAGAAAAAAAUACGGAGUCGAUGUGAAACUUCGUCAAGACGACGACGUUCUCGACACGUGGUUCUCCUCAGCGAUCGUGCCGUUCGCCACGCUUGGCUGGCCUAAAGAUACGCAGGAUAUGGCGAAGUACUACCCAUUGUCUCUGAUGGAAACCGGCCACGACAUCCUUAUGUUUUGGGUGGCAAGGAUGGUGAUGCUAGGUUUGGAGUUGACGCAACGUUUGCCUUUCAAGGAGGUAUUUCUACAUGGAGUUCUAUGCGACGCCCAUGGCAAAAAGAUGUCCAAGAGUUCCGGCAAUGUAAUCUCUCCAGAACACAUUAUAAACGGCUGCAGCCUGGAAGAGUUAGACGCGCAAGCGAGAUGCAGUCACGAGGCUGGUAUCCUCAGCGCUAACGAGCUGCAUCGAACGCUUCGCGUCAAUGCAAAGUCUUAUCCCGAUGGGAUAGUCGACUGCGGUGCAGACGCCCUCAGGAUGACACUGUGCGGACACGACAUCAAAAAUCAUAACAUCAGUUUCGAUAUAGCGGACUGUCGGACGAAUAAACAUUUUUGCAACAAAAUCUGGCAGGCGAGUAAGUAUAUGUUGCUGAUGGUGAAUGAGGACCAAGAGGUAAACGGAGGUAUGGACAAUUUAAGUAAUCUGGACCGGUGGAUCUUGAGUCGAUUGUCUCGAACGGUAGAGACGAUGAACACGGCGUUCGCUGAGCGGAACUUUUACAAAGCUGUCUUUGCGAUACGUCAAUUUCUACAUUAUGAAUUUUGCGACUUCUAUUUGGAGGGAACCAAGUUUGGUUUCAAAGAUGCUGAUGCGAUUGUCGCAUUUGGGCACUCGUACACUCUGAAGAAAUGUCUCGAAGUGUCUCUGAGGCUCCUCGCUCCCUUCAUGCCUUAUCUCGUGGACGAUCUGUACACCAGACUCGCCAGGAAAUUCCCAGUGUCCUUCCUGCAAGUCUCUUCGUUGCUGGAGGCUGAAUAUCCAGAAUACGAGGAGUUCGAGAAUUUGAAAGAUAUUUCGUUGGAGGAGAACAUGCAGAAAAUAAUUGAUGUAAUAAACGCUAUCAGAAGUUGCACGACGAACGUGAGCAAGAAAUUAAAUCCAGAAGUCAGUAUACUAACCGAAAAUUCGCAAGACUAUGAUUUAUAUAAGGACAACAUAAACCUAAUCAAAGGAGUAAGCAGAAUCUGGAACGUACCGAUUCACUUGGCAAAAAAUUACGAGACUGCCAGAAAGGAUAACUGCGACGAAAUCCAACACGUUCACACGGACGACUGUUUGUUACUAAUCAAUAUUGCGGACGCGUCGGCGAUAGAACAAAUAAAAAGAAAUAUUAAGAGAAAACAAUGUUCGGAUUCGAGAAUAUCGGAAAUCUCUCAAAAAUCGGAGAAAUUAAUACAACAAGAAAUCUAAUUCGACAUAUGUAUAAUUGUAAUUAUAUUAGUAAAAGAAAAAGAUAUAUUUGUACUUAA